UUGACAAAGGGGAUGUGUUGCAAACCAGGCCAGGAGUGUGAAUUUGUGUUCCACACAGCAAGCGGGAGGCAGCUACAGAAGCCUUUAGGCUUCCUCAAUGCAGCUUUGGUGGAUGCCGGAAUGCAGGGGAACAUAACGUUCACCCAGAUCCGGAGCAGCGUCUCCACUCAAGCCAGCAAACAUCUUUCUGAAAAAGAGAGAAAACAAGUUGCUAAAGAAAUGUGUCACGACCCCAGCACGGCAGAGCGCUUCUAUGUUGCUCUUCCAGACAAAGUAAAUGGGUACAAGACUCGCAGGCUAAGAUUAAAAGCCAUGGAGAGUGCAUUGGAUGAAGAUGAUGAAUUGGAAACAUCUUCAAGUGGUGAAGAACCACAAUAUGACGACCAAACGGAGUCUGACUCCUCUCUGUCCGAGGAGGGGUUGACAACAUGGCAACAAAAAAAGCAAUCUAAGUCUGAGCAGAGCUCAUCAUCUGUCGCUCCACAUCCUUCCAAUGGAAGGUUGUACUUUACAAGUCCAACAACUGGUUUGGAAGUCCAAGUCAUGACAAAGUGCUGUGUAUCUGUCAAUAAACUAGGAGAGCCAAUUGGCAACUACCUUUUUGAAAAAAUGAUGAGCACUUACCCCAUCCUCAAGAAAGAUGAGCAGGCAGCCAUUGUUGACCAUCCAAGGGCUGAGCCAGCACCCCCCUCUUCCUUAGAAACAAUGGAUGAAACACCAGCGUCCCCCAUCCUCAACGCAGAGAUGGCCAACCCAACAACAGACAAAGCAGGGCAGCCUUAA